CAAACAACUUAAAAAAUCAGCCCAUAUAGUGCUUAUGAAUUCUUUAGAAAAAGCAAUUUGGAAUUGGAUGGAUACUCAUUCGCAUGAAUUUGCUGAGCUUCGAAAAAAACCUAAUGAAGAUCUUGGAAAAGCAUGUGAAGAAUUAUUUGACAUCCUGGAUACAUUUGCAGACAAUAAAAAGGGAAGAGCUGCAGCUGUUUGGCCUUUACAAAUAAUGCUUCUGAUACUUUCACUAAAAGUUUUAGAGGAAAUAGUUAAUGCUGAUUUUGGUGCUCCCUGUUCACCAAGACAUUCAAAGAAAAAACAAUUUAUUGACAGUGUUAAACGAGGCCUAGGAGUGCAUGGCAGUUCUAGUAGAGUAGUAGAAGCUGCAGCAGUCACUUGUAUUAAACUUUGUAAAGCAUCAACUUAUGUAAACAAUUUGGAUUCAAACAAUGUUAUCUUCACACUUGUUCAGCAUGUUAUGAAUGAUUUGAUGGCACUACUUUUUAAUCCAGGAAAAGUAUCUUCUCGCGGACAAAACUACAUUGCCCAAGAUAUCGACCUAAUGAUAGACUGCUUUGUUAGCUGUUUUCGUAUUAAACCUUACAAAAACGAAGUACUUAAAUUCUGCUUGAAUUUGAAUUAUCCACCGACAUACCAGUUUGUCUUGGUUAGCUCAUUAUACAAGUAAGAAAAAAAGUUUAUUUACUUAUUAUUAAAAGAAAUUUCUUAUUCUAGAAUUGUAACCCAACCAAGACUGCCAUGGUGGCCUCAAAUAGAUCUUCUAUAUUCUCAUAGUGCAGAACUUAGAAAUAUGUUUAUAGAUAUUUUAAAUAAAGUCACACAGAGUUGCAUAUCAAACACACCAUUACGAAUGAUUCAAAGUUUAACACUUAAAGGCAAAGAACAAAAUAAGUACAGAGAUCGUGGAGAAGAGGUAUCAAGUUACAGAAAUUUACUUUUGUGGAUGGUGAAACUUAUUCAUGCUGAUCCUAUGUUAUUGUUGAAUAAUCAAGGGAAAGCUGGCCAUGAAAUACAAAGCUCGACCUUAGAACUAAUUAAUGGUUUAGUUUCUUUAGUUCAUCAAUCAACAAUGCCAGAUAUUGCUCAUGAAGCAAUGGAAGCAUUAUUAGUAUUGCAUCAUCCAGAUAAAAUAAAAGCAUGGAAUCCAGAAGCACCAAUUAAUACUUUUUGGGAUGUUAGUUCACAAGUUCUUUUUUCAAUUUCCCAAAAGUUAAUUGAGCAUCAAAUUGUUAAUUAUACUGGUAUACUAAAAUGGCUUAGAGAAAUAUUAAUUUGCAAAAAUGCUUUUCUGGCACAAAAUAAGGAUUAUGCUAAUGUGGGUAGUCACAUUGCUGUUUGUAAACAAGCACAUAUUAAACUUGAGGUUGUAUUUUUUAUGUAUUUGUGGAGUAUAAAUAUGGAAGCAGUUUUAGUAUCAAUGUCUUGUUUUGCAUUGCUCUGUGAAGAAGCAGAAAUUCGUUGUGGUAGUGAUGAAGUAGCAGUAACUUGUUUACUUCCUAACUAUCACUUAUAUCUUGAGUUGGCACAAGCUUCUACUGUGUUAAUCACUGGACUUGCUGCUUUACAAAAAAGAAUUAUGGCCUUAUUGAGGAAGAUAGAACACUGUGUGAAUGGUGUUCAGCCUGCUUGGGAAGAAACAUUUAGAAAUUGGGAAGUGACGUCACGGCAGUUAGAAAAUUAUCUUAAGUCUAAAACAGAAGAUGGUCAAAUGGAAUCAUUUUAUCGAAGUACAGGAAAACGAAGAGCAUCACAUCAAAAUUCAGAACAAGAAUUAGAAGAGCAAAUUAAUGAAUGGGCUAACAUGACGGGAUUUCUUUGUGCUUUAGGCGGAGUAUGUUUACAGAAAUGUUCUCAAAACAGACCAUUGUCAGGAAUACCUUCAAAUCCAGAAUUAAAAAAGAGUUCAAAACAACAAGAGCCCACACCCUGUUUAUCAAAUCCAAGCCAAGAAAUGCAAUAUUGUACACAGUUUGUUAAUAACUUACUACUACAUCUGCUAACUUGUAAUAAUGAAAAAUUUGGAAACCAGAUUAAAGAAUUAGUUGGCCAUGAAAUGAGUCCUGCACUAUACCCAAUACUUUUUGAUCAAAUUAAAAGUAUAGUUGAAAAAUUCUUUAAUCAACAAGGACAAGUUAUAGUAAUGGAUGUUAAUACUCAAUUUAUCGAGCAUAUAAUAUUCAUAAUGAAAAAUAUUUUGGAUUCUAAAACAGAUCAACCUUCUGAAUACCUUGGAAUGACUAGCAUAGAGGGAAUGAUGCUUGCAAUUGUCAGAUAUGUCAGACACUUAGAUAUGACUGUACAUUCUAUUCAUAUUAAAACAAAGUUGUGUCAACUCGUUGAAGCGAUGAUGAAAAGACGAGAUGACCUAGCAUUUCGACAAGAAAUGAAAUUUAGAAAUAAACUUGUCGAAUAUUUAACUGAUUGGGUGAUGGGUGUGACUCAUCAAAUCACUCCAUCAAGCAGCGGGGACUUAACUGUUUAUACUCGAGAUUUAGAUCAAGCGUGUAUGGAAGCAGUCGGAGCACUAUUACGAGGUCUUCCUCUUCAACCUGAAGAAUCUGACCGGGGUGAUUUAAUGGAAGCAAAAUCUCAAUUAUUUUUGAAGUAUUUUACUCUUUUCAUGAAUCUACUAAAUGACUGCAAUGAAACAGCUGGUGAAGAAAAAGAAAUUGUUUCUCAACAACCAUGUUUAACAAGUAGUAAAUUAUCUACUUUACGCAAUGCUACAAUACAAGCAAUGAGUAAUCUCCUUAGCGCAAAUAUCGAUAGUGGUCUGAUGCAUUCAUUAAGUUUGGGUUAUAAUCCAGAUCUACAAACGCGAGCGGCAUUUAUGGAAGUUCUCACUAAAAUUCUUCAACAAGGAACAGAAUUUGAUACAUUAGCGGAAACAGUAUUAGCUGAUAGAUUUGAGCAGUUGGUUCAACUUGUUACAAUGAUCAGUGACAAAGGAGAAUUGCCAAUUGCAAUGGCUUUAGCUAAUGUAGUAACAACAAAUCAAAUGGAUGAAUUAGCACGAGUUUUUGUGACAUUAUUUGAUGCAAAGCAUUUAUUAUCCCCUCUUUUAUGGAAUAUGUUUUAUCGUGAGGUUGAAGUUUCUGAUUGUAUGCAAACAUUAUUUCGUGGAAAUAGCCUUGGUAGCAAAAUAAUGGCAUUUUGUUUCAAAAUUUAUGGUGCAAGUUACCUGCAAAAUUUAUUAGAGCCUUUAAUCACCCCUCUAUUGGAUGAUCCUACUACUGGUUUUGAAGUUGAUAGUGCAAGAAUAGAUUCUAAUGAAAAUAUAGAACAAAACGGUCGCCAUUUAAUUGCUUUAACACAAAAAGUAUUCGAUGCUAUUGUAUCAUCAGCUGAUCGAUUUCCCCCGCAAUUGCGGUCUAUGUGUCAUUGUUUAUAUCAAGUACUCAGCAAAAGAUUUCCACAAUGUCCACAAAAUAAUAUUGGAGCUGUUGGUACUGUAAUAUUUUUGCGAUUCAUUAAUCCAGCUAUUGUAUCACCUCAAGAAAUGGGCAUUGUAAAUAAGUCUGUACCUCCUCACAUUAAAAGGGGUCUUAUGCUAAUGUCGAAAAUACUUCAAAACAUUGCAAAUCAUGUGGAAUUUAGUAAAGAACAGCAUAUGUUACCAUUCAAUGACUUUUUACGAGCACAUUUCGAAAUUGGUCGAAGAUUUUUUAUACAGAUAGCAUCAGAUUGUGAAACGGUCGAUCAAGCUAGUCAUCCAAUGUCAUUUGUAUCGGAUGCCAAUGUUUUAGCAUUGCAUAGAUUACUUUGGAAUCAUCAAGAACGAAUUGGCGAUUAUCUUAGCAGCAGUCGGGACCAUAAAGCAGUAGGUAGAAGACCUUUCGAUAAAAUGGCUACGUUAUUGGCUUAUCUUGGUCCUCCAGAGCAUAAACCUGUAGAUUCACAUUUAUUGUUUUCUUCAUCUUACGCUCGGUGGUCAAAUAUUGAUAUGUCUUCAACUAAUUUUGAAGAAAUUAUGGUAAAGCACAAUAUGCAUGAAAAUGAAGAAUUUAAGAGCAUCAAGAAUUUGAAUAUUUUCUAUCAAGCAGGAACUAGCAAACAAGGAUAUCCAGUGUUUUAUUAUAUUGCCAGACGUUACAAAAUUGGCGAUACGAAUGGUGAUUUGCUAAUAUAUCACGUGAUUCUUACACUAAAACCAUUUUGUCAUACUCCAUUUGAAUUGGUUGUUGAUUUUACUCACACAUGUUCAGACAAUCGAUUUAGAACUGAAUUUUUACAGAAAUGGUUUUAUGUAUUACCCAAAGUUGCUUAUGAAAAUAUUCAUGCUGCGUAUAUAUAUAACUGUAACAGUUGGGUGAGAGAGUAUACAAAAUUUCAUGAUAGAAUUUUGGCACCAUUGAAAGGUAAUAGAAAGGUAGUUUUCAUUGAUGGAUCGGGUCGUUUAAAUGAUGUAAUCGAUAUCGAUCAACAAAAAUUGCCUGGAGCUACAUUAUCUCUUGACGAAGACUUAAAAGUUUUUAACAGCGCUUUAAAACUUUCUCAUAAGGACACUAAGGUAUCCGUUAAAGUUGGACCAACUGCUAUACAAAUUACCUCAGCGGAGAAAUGCAAAGUAUUAUCGCAUUCCGUUCUUUUAAAUGAUGUUUAUUAUGCGUCUGAAAUAGAAGAAGUUUGUUUAGUAGAUGACAAUCAAUUUACAUUGACUAUUUCAAAUGAAACAGGCCCGCUGUCUUUUAUUCAUAAUGACUGUGAUAGUAUCGUACAGGCUAUAAUUCAUAUAAGAAAUCGAUGGGAAUUGUCACAACCAGAGACUGUGUCGGUUCACCCAAAGAUAAGACCUAAAGAUGUACCAGGAACAUUAUUAAAUAUGGCGCUAUUAAACCUUGGUAGUUCUGAUCCGAAUUUACGAACAGCAGCAUAUAAUCAAUUGUGUGCUUUAACUGCGACUUUUGAUCUAAAAAUUGAAGGACAACUCUUGGAAACAUCUGGACUUUGCAUACCAUCAAACAAUACUAUAUUUAUCAAGCAUUUAAGUGAAACUUUAGCUGCAAAUGAUCCGCAUCUUACACUAGAGUUUUUAGAGGAAUGUAUACAAGGUUUCAGAUUGUCAAGUAUUGAAUUAAAACAUCUUUGUUUAGAAUACAUGACACCAUGGUUAAAUAAUCUUGUACGAUUUUAUAAACCGAAUGAUGAAGGGGGAAAACGUCAGAAACAAGUUACAAAGAUUUUAGAAAAAUUAAUUACAUUAACUAUUGAGGAAGUGGAAAUGUAUCCAAGUAUACAAGCCAAGAUAUGGAGUACAAUCGGACGAUUGCCAGAUUUAAUAGAUACAGUUCUGGAUAAUUUUAUUCAACGUAGUGUAAGUUUUGGACUUGGUUCUCCGACUGUUGAAAUAAUGGCUGAUACUGCCGUGGCUUUGGCUUCUGGAAAUGUUCAAUUAGUAGCGAAGAAAGUAAUAGGAAGACUUUGUCGAGUUGUAGAUGAAACUUGUACUUCUCCGACGCCACUAUUAGAACAACAUACAAGAUGGGAUGACAUUGCUAUUCUAGCAAGAUAUUUAUUAAUGUUAUCUUUUAAUAACUGUUUGGAUGUAGGAAAACAUCUACCGUACUUGUUUCACACAGUAACGUUUCUAGUUUGUUCCGGCAGUCUGAGUAUGCGUGCUUCCACUCAUGGUUUGGUUAUUAACAGCAUUCACUCGCUUUGUACUUGUAGCUCCCCUUCCUUUUCAGAAGACACUUAUCGAAUAUUACGAAUGAGUUUGGAUGAAUUUUCUCUUCCAAAAUUUUAUUUACUAUUUGGAAUUAGUAAAGUGAAAUCUGCUGCGGGCACAGCAUUUAGAUCUAGUUAUAGACAUUCGAAUGAGAAGUGGUUCACUAAUGAGCGCAGUGUUUCGGGAUCUCAUGAUAAAGAGAGACUUUCAUUAACUAGUUUAGAAAUUAUUACGGAUGCUCUUCUUGAAAUUAUGGAGGCUUGUAUGCGAGACAUUCCACAGUGUGAUUGGUUAAAAACCUGGACUUCUUUGGCAAAAAAUUUCGCCUUCUGUUUUAAUCCAGCUCUUCAGCCUAGAGCUUUGAUUGUUUUCGGAUGUAUCAGUAAAAGUAUAACCGAUCAGGAUAUGAAGCAAUUACUAAGGAUAUUAGUAAAAGCGCUCGAGAGUUUUAAUGAUAUUACUUUGCUCGAAGCAAUUAUUAUGUGCCUCACUCGAUUACAACCGUUGCUUAGACCCGUAAGUUAUAUUCUGUUACGCAAGGAAUCUCCCAUUCAUCGAUAUUUAUUUUGGGUUGCAACGUCCGUUCUUCAAUUAGAUGAGGCAUCUUUAUAUGCAUGUGGUUUAGCACUUCUUGAACAAAAUUUGCAUACUUUAGAUUCUCAAGGAACCUUUGACGAUAAGACCUUGGAGAACGUUAUGAUGUCAACGCGAGAGCCUUUGGAGUGGCAUUUUAAACAAUUAGAUCAUACAGUAGGACUUUCAUUUAAAUCUAAUUUUCAUUUUGCAUUGGUUGGACAUCUUUUAAAAGGAUAUAGGCACCCUACACCCACUACCGUUACAAGAACAGCUAGAGUACUCGCUAUGUUAUUAGGCAUUGUUGCUAAACCAUUUAGGAGGGAUAAAUUUGAAGUUACACCAGAAAGCGUAGCGUAUUUGUCUGCAUUGGUAUCUGUAUCCGAAGAAGUGCGAAGUCGUUGCCAUAUUAGACAUGCAGUUACUAAAAAUGCCGAAUCUGGUAGCACUGAUUGCCUCGAUAUUUUGCUUCCACAUAAUACAAAUUAGGAAAGCAUACCAACGUCCAGUAAUCCUACUAAUCGUCGACAAAAAUCAUGGGACCUUCUGGAUCAGUCUGCUCUUACUCAAGCUAGACAACAAAAAUAUUAUUCAACCCACCAGCGAUCUUUUUCUGUACCAACUGCAAAGGAAGCAAAACCAAAUGAAGAAACAGAUUCGAAGAAUCGAAGUGCCAGAGUAAGCGUGAGCAACGAAAAUAACGUAUUGCUCGACCCAGAAGUAUUGACAGAUUUUUCAACCCAAACCUUGGUUUUGACCGUUCUUGUCACUUUAGUUAAAAAUUCAACGGACGAAAAUGAACAACGGAUUCUAUAUGAAUAUCUUGCAGAAGCCUCAGUGGUGUUCCCAAAAGUUUUUCCAGUAAUCCAUAACUUGCUCGAUGCAAAAAUCAAUAGUGUACUAUCCUCCUGCCAUGAUCAAGGUAUAUUGAAUUCUGUACGUGCAAUUAUACAGAACAUGAUUGCUUGUGAGGAUACAAGUCAACAGCAGUUACACUACUUGCAAAGUUGUGGAUUUGGCGGAUUAUGGAGAUUCGCAGGCCCAUAUACAAAUUCUAAUUGCACAGCUGAAAGUGCUCAAUUAUUUGUUAAUUGCCUGGAAGCCAUGGUUAAAACAUGUUUGCCGGUAGAUGAACCGGAAAGUUCAAAUAGCAGUGAUACCUUAAGCGAGAAAUGUAAACGAACCGAUAGUCAUCAACCAGAAGUUGCCGCAAGAAAUAAGUUUUCAACGUAUGGAAUUGAUCGGACAAAUACACGUACUUUUUCAGAAAGAGUGGAUGAAAUUUCUCGAACUAGUACUUCUUUCAUUCACAGGGGUCGCAAUAUGGAUAAGAGAGGAGAAACUUCGUUGGAUUGUAUGAGCCAAGGAGAAAAUACUAGUAGUAGCAACAGUGCACAACUAUAGCAAUUAAUAUGUGAGCCUAAGAAACAAUGUGGUAAGCAUGGACGAAAAGGACAAGUUGGUCGGAAAUUGCAAAGACAAUUAAGGUACGUUGAAUAUUGUGAAAUUGUAGAAAAAUUAUUUAUUAAUUCAAAUAAUGUACAGAAUGAGUUAACAAAUGUUAGAAAUUAAAAUUU